CGAUCGGUUAAUGUCAGUGUUGCUCAUGGUUUGUCCGCCGUGUAGUUGUCUUAUGAAUCAAUCAUGAUUUCCCAAACUCAUGUAUAUAUAUAACCAUGCAGCGCACACCAGCACACCAUCCAAUCGACUACCUGCCUGCCCGCCCUCCUGCCCACUCUCCUCCGCUAUCGUUGUGUGUGCCUCUCUCUCUGACUCUCUCUGGAUUGUGCUCUCAAUACUGCAGUUGUGCGAACAGGCAGCCAGCCAUCCAUCCAGCUAUCCAAGCACACCACUCACUCGACCAUACACACAUACGCGCACCGAUCGAGCAAUUCCCGCCCACCGUCCAGUAAUUAUUCAAUUCACUGGGUGUGUGCGGGGGGGGGUGGCACGUCGCCGGCCGGCGCGUCGGGUGCUGCGGUGUCUCCCUCGGGUCUGACGACGGGCUGUGGCGGGAACGGCAUCAUGUGUGGGGGCGGCGGCGCCCCUGGUGCGGUGUGUGGCGGGAACGGCAGCAUGUGCGGGGGGAGGGGUCGGGUGGGCGGCAUGACGGGGCCUCCGGCGGGCGGAGGGGGGCCCACGUGCGGCACGGUCGUCACCUCCCUGUCGAAGAUGGGCGGCAGGAACCGGGGGGGAUCCUUCACCACACGGGGCUCACCACGCUCCACGAUCGGAGGCAGCUGCUUGUACUCCUGAAAGGAGAUAGAGACACGCACAGAGAGAAAAGUGGCAUGAGAUGAGCCGUGUCUCCCUCCCCUGAGCUCUCUCUGUCUGUCUCUCUCUCUGUGCGUGUGUGUGUGUGUGCCGUCGUGUGCUUCAACCUUACGAUUUGUGGAAUCGGGUGGAUGAUGAUGGGCUGCCCCUCCUCCGCCGGCACGUCAACGUACUCGUCCACAUACUCGGGCACGGGAAUCUCGCGGAUCUUCUCGACAGGUACCUCCACCACCUUGGCCUCCUCACCAGGGGCUCCCGGCACACCACGGGGCCCAGACAACUCAAAACCCGCAGGCGGGGGCACACCCGGCGGCAAAGGAAUGAUCCUAAAUGUCACUCACACCACACACCACACGGAUGGAGGGGCGGAGAGAGAUGGAGACGGCGUGUGUGUGCGUGUGGGUGUGGGUGUGAGUGUUGGGGCCGGUAAUGUUGGGGGCAGAGUGACUAACUUUUCCACGAUGAUUUCUUGUUCCUCGAUAACUUCGACGGGCACCUGGAUGAUGCGGCCGCCGGGGCGGGGCUUCUCGACAGGCUGGGGCCCGACAGGCUGGGGCACGUCCACGAUGGGCCCCGGCACCAUCACCGGCACAAACUUCUCCACAACCUGGCCCGGCCCAGUAGCAGACAGACACACACGGACGGACGGACACAUAAGAAUGCAUCGCAUCCAUCAGCCCAGUGAGCCACGGUCUGGUCUCACUGCACUGACCGGUCCUGGGACAUGGACGUAUUUGAUCUUUUCGACGACCUUGACAGCGCCGCCGGUGGCCGGGACGUGCUUCUCCUGGUACACUGGGAUGUCCUUGUACACUGGGUACGGGAUGGGCCUGACCUUCUCCACCACCUGCGUCAUACCCACCGGCACCUCACGCACCUUACCAGGGUCUGCACACACAUACAAACACACAGAGAGAGAGGGGGUAGGGAGGGAGGGAGGGAGGGAGACAACAGCAGUGAGAGAGGGAGGGAGAGACGGCUUUGCUGCGUGUGUUGAUUACCACCGGUGGGAGGGACGACUUCGAAUUUAGGUACUUGUUUGACGAUUUCCUGGAUCUGUGGGACCUCGACGAAUUUGUCGACGAUCUGUAUCUGAGGCACCUCCACGAUCUUCUCGACAUACUGGAUCUCAGGCUUCCCGAACUCACGCACAAUCUCCUUAUACUGAGCAGGAAGGAUCACAUCCAUCCAUCCAUCCAUCCAUCCACACACACACACACACACACAGAGAGAGAGAGAGAGAGGGAGAGAGAGAGAGACGGCAGAAGAGGGGAAAACGGCACAGAGAGAGGAGGACAGUGCAGUGCAAUGGCGCCUGUCCGUCCGUCUGGCCUGCCUGUCUCUUGCCCAGUGCAGCCCUUGGCCCUGCCUGUGCACUCACUUCGAUUCUGCCGGGUACUUCUUUGAUUCUCACUUCAAUCUGCGGCACCUCGACGUACUUGAUCUGCUCGGACGCCCCAGGCGGGCCGGGCACCUCCACGACCUUCUCCUGCCAGAUGGUUUCGUACUUGGGCACCUCCACAAUCUUCUCCUGGACGGUCACCUUGGGCUGAAUCACCUCCACCACAUGGAUCUCAGGGACCUCUAUGAUACGAUCCUGCAUCCGAAUCUCCUGGUACACCGGCACCGGCACCACCUUCCCCGACGCAGAGAGGUUGCUGUCCAGCGGCACAGGCGGGGCCGGCUGCCCGCCGGGCGCAGUGGCCGACAGCAGAGGGCCCUGGGUGGGCGCGUUGAGAGGCAUGGGCGCCCCGUAGACGAAGCCGGGAGGCGGGGCGGCCAUGGGAGGACCCUGAGGGUGAGGCGCACCGGGGCCGCCGUGAGGAUCCAUUUGCGAACCGACAGAGAGGCCGCAGUCGACAAAGACAGGGGUGGGAAAGAGAAAGACCGACGCGAGCUGGUCAC